AUGGAUAUCGAUACUGCGACCACGAGCGCGCGGCCUGAAAAGGUCCAUGGCUCCAAGUUCAGAUAUUGGGCUGAUAAGCUGGCCGUUGAGUCGGAGCCCGGCUUGACCAAGGCGCAGCUGAUGCUGACGAACCACGAUCUCAAACCUGUCGAACCCGAAAGACGGCAAUGGGGUCCGUGGAACUUUGUGGCAUUCUGGGUCGCUGACUCCUUCAACGUCAACACGUGGAUGAUUUCGUCUUCCAUGGUUGUAGGUGGUCUUUCGUGGUGGCAGUCCUGGCUAUGCGUUUGGCUGGGGUAUGCAAUUGCUGGUGCCUUCAUUUGCUUGACUGGUCGCAUCGGUGCUGUCUACCACAUCGGUUUCCCCGUUGUCAACAGAUCAUCUUUCGGCAUCUGGGGCAGUUUGUGGCCAGUUUUCAACAGAGCUGCGAUGGCCUGCAUCUGGUACGGUGUUCAAGCUUACAUCGGAGGCAAUUGUGUUUACCUUAUGAUCCGAUCAAUUUGGAAAUCUUGGGAUCGCGAAACGAUUAACCCUGGAGGCUUCCCAUCAGACUCCGGUACUUCGACCGCGGAAUACGUCUCCUUCUUCAUCUUCUGGUUCUGUUCUUUGCCAGCCAUUUGGUUCCCUGUUCACAAGAUUCGCCAUCUUUUCACCGUCAAGUCUUACGUGGCUCCCUGCGCCGGCAUUGCGUUCUUGAUCUGGGCCGUUGUGCGCGCCGGUGGCGUUGGCCCCAUCAUCCGCCAGCCUGCAAAACUCCAAGGCAGUGACCUUGCCUGGGAGUUUGUCAAGGGCGUCAUGUCCUCUAUCGCCAACUUCGCGACGCUCAUCGUUAACGAUCCCGAUUUCUCCCGUUUCGCUAGAAAGCCCCGCGACGCCUUGUGGUCUCAGCUUAUCACGAUUCCCACUGGAUUUGCCUUCACUUCCUUCAUCGGCAUCAUCGUCUCGUCCUCAUCGACCGUCAUCUACAACUUGGACGAACCCAUCUGGAACCCGCUGUCUCUCCUCGAGAGAUUCAUCGACGACGGUGGCUCUGGUCAGAGAUUCGGAGUCUUCGUCAUCGCGAGUUCCUUCGCUUUGGCUCAACUCGGUACGAACAUUGCGGCGAACUCGGUCUCUGCAGGAACCGAUAUGACGGCCCUUUUGCCCCGCUACCUCAGCAUCCGCCGCGGUGGAUACAUCUGUGCUGCUGUCGGUCUGGCCAUGUGCCCUUACACCCUGCUCACCGACUCGAACAAGUUUACAACGUACCUCUCGGCAUACAGCGUUUUCCUCAGCUCCAUUGCCGGCGUCAUGUGCUCCGAUUACUACUUUGUCAGAAAGGGUUACCUCGAGAUCAAGGAGCUCUACGAUGCUCGCAAGGCUGGGCCUUACUUCUACACCUGGGGUAUCAACUGGCGCGCUUAUGCCGCCUACAUUGGCGGAAUUCUCAUCAACGUUGUUGGUUUUGCUGGAGAGAUUGGGCGCGAUGUUCCUGUUGGUGCCAAAUACAUCUACAACAUCAACUUCUUCGCUGGCUUCAUCGUUUCAAGCGGCAUGUACUGGGGUCUGUGUAAGAUUUUCCCGGUUCCCGCGACCAGCGACAGGUGGAUGGAGGUUGGCGAGGAGAUUGAUGACAUCAGGGUAGCGUACGACAGCAACAGCCAAGACUUUGAUGAGGAGGCUGUAACUGGUACUUCAAAGGGCCUUCAUAGCCCGAAGCUUUGA